GAAACAUAUCUUAAAGUUCCCACAACACGCUAAUACACCAAAUAGUAGGAGCAAUAAAUAAAACCCAUUUAAUACACCUUCAACUUCCAACCCACUCUUGUUUCUCCUUUCUUCUCCUUCUUUUCAAUCUUCCUUUUUCCUUCACAUCUUUUCUUCAAUUCAAUUCACUAAAAAAAAAACAAACAAAGUUUAUAUUACCACCUCUUCUUUCCCAACCGUUGGCCAACCCACACCCUCCAUUUUCUCUCUCCUCAAAACUCAAUUAUCCUCCAUAUAUAUCCCCCCAUUUCACCCUUUUUCUUCAUUCAUAAUAAUAAAUCCACCCCCCCCCCCCCAACCAAAAAAAAAAAAAAAAAAACAUGGGUAAGUUGAAAUUCCCUCCAAUUUCUGAAUGUAACCCAGAAAAAAAAUCAUACAAAAGUGUUGCAGCUGAUUUAGAUGGAACACUGUUAUUAAAAUCUUCCUCUUUUCCUUACUUCAUGUUAGUAGCUGUUGAAGCAGGAAGUCUUUUACGAGGGUUUUUCCUUCUUCUAUCACUGCCCUUCAUUAUAUUCUCCUAUUUAUUCGUCUCGGAAUCGUUAGCCAUUCAGACUAUGAUCUUCAUUUCCUUUGCCGGUCUUAAGGUCCGCGAGAUCGAGCUCGCGGCACGGGCCGUGCUCCCUAGGUUCUACGCCGCGGAUGUAAGGAAGGAUAGUUGGGAGGUGUUUGAUAAGUGUGAAGGUAAAAAAGUUGUUGUCACCGCUAACCCGACUAUUAUGGUUGAAACCUUUGUCAAGGAGUAUUUGGGUGCUGAUAAGGUGUUAGGAACUCAGAUUGAGGUUAACCCUAAGACUAAGAAGGCUACUGGUUUUGUUAAGGGUAGAGGUGUUUUGGUUUGGGAGAAGAAAAAAGAGGUUGUUUUGGAGGAGUUUGGUGAUGACUUGCCUGAUCUUGGACUUGGUGAUCGCGUUUCUGAUCACGAGUUCAUGUCUCUCUGUAAGGAAGGGUACAUGGUGCACAAAGACAAAUCAGCAAAGGCAGUAGCACAAGAUCAAUUAAAAUCAAGGAUCAUCUUCCACGACGGAAGGCUAGUACAACGUCCAGACCCAAUAAACGCAUUGAUCACCUUCAUAUGGAUACCAUUCGGGUUCAUCCUAGCCAUAUGUAGAGUAUACUUCAACCUGCCACUACCCGAGCGCAUCGUACGAUAUACAUACGCUAUGAUGGGAAUUAAACUCGUGAUUCGAGGAGAUCCGCCACCACCUCCGUCACCAGGGAAACCCGGGAACUUAUACGUGUGUAAUCAUCGGACUGCCCUUGACCCUAUUGAAAUUGCUAUUGCACUUAAGAGGAAGCCUGCGACUGUUACGUAUAGUGUGUCCAAAUUUUCUAGAUUUAUAUCUCCAAUCCCAGCCGUUGCUUUGACUAGAGAUCGUGUGGCUGAUGCUAAUAUGAUUAAGGCUUUGCUUGAGAAGGGUGAUUUAGUCAUUUGUCCUGAAGGAACUACUUGCCGUGAGCCUUACUUGCUUCGCUUUAGUGCUCUCUUUGCUGAAUUGAGUGACAGAAUUGUUCCAGUAGCAAUAAACUGCAGGCAAAACAUGUUCUAUGGGACAACAGUAAGAGGGGUUAAAUUUUGGGACCCUUAUUUCUUCUUCAUGAACCCAAGACCAACAUACGAAAUGACCUUCCUAGACAAGUUGCCGCCGGAGAUGACGUGUCAGGGAGGCGGAAAGACACCAAUCGAGGUGGCGAACCACGUGCAAAAGAUGUUGGCCGGGGUGCUAGGGUUCGAGUGCACUCAGUUCACUAGGAAGGAUAAGUACAUGCUGCUUGGUGGCAACGAUGGCAAGGUUGAGUCUAUCCAUGCUGCUAAAAAAUCUAUUUAGAUUUUUAAUAAAAGGCUUGUUAAAAGAUUACAAAAAUUAAUCAUGUUUUAGUCAUGUUUUUUUGGGUUAAUUAUUGGUGAAAUUGGAAAUUGGAAGUACAGUUUGAUAGUAUUGUUUAGUCAAUCAUCGUUUAUAAUUUAUUUUUUUAUUAAUGUUAUUGUUAUUGAUUGUUGUAGUUUUUUUUUUUUUUUUGAAUUGGCUAUUUGAAUUUUGUACCCAAAUAAUUGUGAUUAAGGUCUUUAAGGGUGCAUUAGUAGUAAGUUAGUAACUACUACUCAAUUUUAUUUGUAUCCUUUUAAAACUCUAAUUAUCAACUUUAUUUUGUUAGAGUA